AUGAAUAAAAACAAUAUACUUUCCAAUCUCAUUGCUGCCAGAAAUGCCUUAUUCUUGGAAGUCAGCUUUGGGAUCACUGCCAAUGCCUUCCUUCUUCUCUUCCACAUCCUCUGGUUCUUUCUCAAGCACAGGCCCAGGCCCACCGACCUGACCAUUGGGCACCUGGCCCUCAUCCACCUGCUGAUGCUGAUCACCGUAGGGGUUAUAGUCGCAGAAGUUUUUGAGAUUCAUGACUUAUGGGAUGACAUCACCUGUAAAGCUGUCAUCUACUCAUACCAGGUGAUGUGGGGCCUCUCCCUGAGCACCACCUGCCUGCUGAGUGUCCUCCAGGCCAUCACUCUCAGCCCCUGGAGCUCCUGUUUAGCAAAAUUCAAGCUUACAUCCUCACAGCACAACAUGUGUGGAUUUCUCCUCCUAUGGGUCUUCAAUUUGUCCAGUCGUGCUCGUUUCUUGAUCUCAACUGUUGCUACUCCGAAUGAUACAUCCCACGGUCUUAUGUUUGUCACUCAAUCCUGCUCUCUCUGGCCACUGAGCUACUUACCCAGGCACACAUUUUCUAUGUUGGGGAUCUUCUGGGAUGCCUCCUUAAUAGGGCUCAUGGCCGUCUCAAGUGGGUACAUGGUCACUCUCCUGUGCAGGCACAAGAGGAGGUCCCAGCACCUUCACAGCACUAGGAUUUCUCCAAGAGCCUCCCCAGAGCACAGGGCCACCCAGACCAUCUUGCUGCUAAUGAGUGCCUUUGUGCUCCUGUACUUCAUGGACUGCAUUGUGUACUCCUUAUCAGGGAUGUGGUGGAACAGCGACCCAGUUCGCCUGUGCAUCCAUUUGUUGGUGGGCAAUGGCUAUGCCACCAUUGGACCUUUGUUGUUCAUCAGUAGUGAAAAGCGAAUGAUCCAGUUUUUCAAAUCCAUGUUGGAAAGGCAUGUAAGUGUUUAA